AUGCCAUUUCAAGUUUCUGUUACGGACGUCGCAGAGACCGCACAUACACGUGCCACUCUCGGUAAAUUCGCCAAUCCUGACGAGGAUUGGACCAAGAUUUCCAAUCUCGCCGAGCGCCGCAGGAUCCAAAACCGUAUUGCCCAACGCAACUACCGCAAAAAGCUGAAGCUCCUCAACCAAGAUGCAGAAGAGCCGUCCCUCCGUAGGGUUCAUUAA